CGCCCUCCUUUCGUUCCUCAAAGCGCCGAGCAGGAGCUCAUCGGCCCGUUGUUCCUCGACGCUAAUGUUGCCGUUCCUGCUUCCAUCAACAGAUUCCUGCGCGACUACCAGCGUCGAGGCAUCGAAUUUUUGUACUGCGCCUACAAGGAGGGCCGUGGCGCCAUAUUGGCCGACGACAUGGGUUUGGGAAAGACCGUACAGGUGGCAGCGUUUCUGGCGGCCAUCAUGGGCAAGGAGGGAGGAAGCCGGGACACUCGCCGUCGGGCUGAGGCCAUCCAAACUGGUCGGCUCGAUCGAAGGGGUAAAGCAGACUCAAUUUGGCCGACAUGUUUGAUACUAGUACCCAAGAGCCUCACAGGCAACUGGAUCAGUGAGCUCAACACCUGGGGCUGUUUCGAGCAUGAACGCUUUGGAUCAGGCAGCGAACAUCAAGACACUCUCUAUCGAUUUCAGCGAGGCUAUUUCGACAUCGUGCUGUGCUCACACGAGUACGCCACGCGUCACAUCCUCGAGUUGAAGGAUCUCCCCUGGAGCUGCGUCUUUGCAGACGAGGCCCAUAAAUUCAAGAACCCCGCAACGCAGAUGACCAAGGCUAUGAACCUCUUCGAGUGCAAGAGGCGAUUCGCGAUGACGGGAACGGUCAUACAGAAUAGGAGCGAGGAGAUGUGGACGUUGCUUGAUUGGACGAAUCCGGGCACGUUCGCCGAUCUCAACACCUGGCAGCUCUUGAUCUCUAUUCCCCUCCGCCUCGGCCAGCGCAGCACCGCCUCUCGCCGCGAGCUCGAUACAACUCGGACCGUCGCUCAUGCCCUCACCAAGAAGCUUCUCCCACCCUAUAUGCUCCGCCGUACCAAGGCACUGGUUGCCAAAGACCUCCCAACCAAGCACGAGAAGAUCGUCUUCUGCCCCCUCUCCCCGACCCAAUUCGACGCCUACCGUCGUCUCCUUGCUCUCCCUGAAGUGGAAGCAAUGAGGGAAGCGGACAAGCCCUGCCCCUGCGGCGCCAAGGACGAUGAAGGGCUCCCCUUCAAACUCAAAAACUGCUGCGAUCAAACUGCAGAUACCGAGCAAUUCUUCAGAACCCUCUACCUCCUCCUGUGUCUCGCAAAUCACUCUGCGCUCUUCUUCCCCACCCCCGCCGACGCCAACUCACCCAAACUAGAGAUCAGGGCCCGCCACGCGCAGCAGAAAGUGUACUGCCACCUGCUGUGGCCGGAGGAUUGGCGAAGGAAGGAGUGCAAUGAUCGCACUGGGCUGGAUGAGCGACUGUGCGGGAAGUGGCUGGCCCUGCGCGAGCUGCUCAAAGAAUGGAAGGCCAAAGGCGACAAGGUUCUCAUCUUCUCGCGCAGUCUCCGUCUCCUUGGGUGGAUCGAGAGCUGGAUCUCCAGGUCGGAUUACAAGUGGCUGCGCUUGGACGGCUCUACGCAUCCCUCCAUGCGUCAAGGCCUCGUCGAGCAGUUCAACAAGGAUCCCUCAAUCUUUUGCUUCCUCAUUUCGACGUCGGCCGGAGGAGUGGGCUUGAACCUGACGGGAGCCAACAAAGUCGUGGUCGUCGACCCGAACUGGUCACCGGCAAUGGACGCUCAAGCCGUCGAUCGCGCCUAUCGCAUUGGGCAGACCAGGCCGGUCACAGUGUUCAGACUGAUUGGGGCAGGGACGAUUGAGGAGCUGGUGUAUGGGCGUCAGGUCUACAAGACUCAGGCGGCUUAUCAGGCCGGGGGUGGCAAGAAUGUCGCAACAGGAGGGCGCCGCUACUUCGAGGGCGUCGAGAUGAACAAGAAGUACACUGGCGAACUAUUUGGAAUUGGCAACUUGCUCUCCUACCAGGAAGAGAGCAUCUCGCGAAAGCUCGUCGCCGUAGAG